AUGCAGCUGCCUACUUUGAAGGUAUUUGCCAAUACACAUCAUAAUAGGCUUAAGUUUCUAUUGCUGCACACUGGAGAGAUUUAAUUUAUUAAUCAGACAUUUUAAUAAUGUCUAACAAAAAACCAUUAAGUAGUGAAAAAAAAGAUGGUAUUAUAGCUUAAUUGAAAGGCGAAUUGUAUCAAUAUCAUCAAAGACAAAUAGAUUUUGGAAGUUUAAACAAUUAACUAUCUCGACUUGAAAAUGCCUAUUCCUUAGGUUAAGAGGAAUUAUAGAAGAUAUAAAAGGUUGGAAGAGCAUAAACUGAAGUUGAUUUGAAUGAAAUUAAACAACUAAGAAAGGAAUUAGAUUAUUUGCAAGAAUAAUUGCAUUAACGACUACCUAACAAUAAUCCUUAAUUGUUAGAAUUAGCACAAAUUAGAUAAAAUGAAUUAACCUUAUUAAAAAAGGAAAUUAAUGAAAUCAUGCAACAAAAAGAUUAACUAUAACAUGAAAGAUAAGAAUUAGAAACUACUAUGAAGGAUAUGAUUGAUGCAAAAAAUUCAUUAGAAAAAGAAAAUCAACUUUUAGAAAAAGAAUUUGAUAAACAUUACAAAUAAAAUAAAGAACUUGAGUAAACUAGAUAAGAUUUAGAAUUCGAAAUUUCAAAAAAAGAAAAAGUAGUUUUGUAAUAAAAAAAAAUGAUUGAUAUGUUAAAUAAAGAAUAAAGAUAAAAAGGAGAUUAUUUGUAAUAAAUGUAAAUGAAAUAAGAAAUAUAAUAAUAAUAAUCAGAGUAGCUUGAUGAUUAAUAUUAAUAAUUAAAUGAGAAUUUAGAAGCUGUGGUUAAGGAACAAAAACUUAUUAAUAAUUAAUUAAAUUAAUGCUAACAAGAAGCAAAAGAAACUCAUUUGGAGAACAUUAACUUAGAUAAAAAUAUCAAAGAAUUAGAAGGUGAUAUUGAUACUUUUUUUAAUCAUGUUGAUGAAGAGAAUUUAAAAAAAAUGAAUUUAGUUGAGGAUUAAAAAUUCUUAAAUGUAGAAAUGAAUAGAGCUUUAGAUUUGAUUAAUUAAUUAACAAGCAUUAAAUAGGAUGUAUAUUUUAAUUAAUUAAUAAAAUAGCUUUGUGAGGAAAUUCGUACUUUUAUCUCUGAAGAUGAAUAAAUAUCACACAUUGUUAAUAGAAAGAAUAAGCAAAUUAAAUUAAUAUAGUAUGCAGAAUAAUAAAUAGAAGAUUCUUAAUCUAAUAAUUUGAAUAAUAUCAUUUGA